AUGGAGCUCAUGUCUUCCAAAAAACACCUAACAAUAGAAGAGCAAAAUGCUAUGGGUCAUUGGCUUCUCGCAAAUAGCACCAACGGGAAACCGAACGAUGGAGCACAAAAGGAGGCAGCUGCUAGGUUUGGUGUGUCGAGGCGAACGGUGCGUCGUUUCUGGAGCAAAACAAAACAGAAAAUUCAGUCAGGUGCAGCAGUGAUAUUCACAUCAGGUCACAAAGGUACAAUUCACAAAGAUAGGAAAAAACUUGAUGUUGAGAAGGUUAAGUCAUUGUCCAUUCUUGAGAGGUCUACAAUUCGUAAAAUGGCUGUCAAGCUAGGGGUUAGCAAGAGCUUACUUGGGCAGUGGAUAAAAAGAAAGGAAUUAAGACCACAUACAAGUGCAAUCAAACCACAGUUGACUGAUGUAAACAAGAUAGCAAGGAUGAAGUUUUGUUUAAGUAAUGUAGUCUAUGAUGGAGCAAUGUCGAGGUACAGUUAUCAAAGCAUGCAUAACGUUGUUCAUAUAGACGAGAAAUGGUUCUAUAUGACCAAGACAUCGGAUAGGUAUUACCUACUCCCUGAAGAAACAGACCCUUACCGAGCAUGCAAGUCUAAGCGUUUCAUCACAAAGGUGAUGUUUAUGUGUGCUGUCACUAGGCCACAAUUUUCAGCAGAUGGGCAGGAGCUAUUCGAUGGAAAGAUUGGAAUCUUUCCAUUUACUACACUCGAGGUUAUACCAGCAAUCAAAGAGAAGUGGCCAAAAUCAGAUCAAGUGAAGCAUAUCUUUAUUCAACAGGAUAAUGCAAAACUACAUUUCAACAAAGACGAUCCAGAUUUUCAGGCUGCUGCCAACAGCGAUGGAUUCAACAUUGAGCUAGUUUGCCAACCAGCCAACUCACCUGACGUAAAUGUCAAUGAUUUAGGUUUUUUUAGGGCUAUACAAUCACUGCAGGAUGACAAGAUGGCAAAAACUGUUGAAGACCUAGUGCAGAAUGUGUUGAUUUCUUUCGAAGAGCUUUCAUCAGUUACACUCAACAAUGUCUUUGUGACAUUGCAAGGGUGUUUAACUGAGAUUAUGCGAGUUAAAGGAAGCAAUGAGUACAAGAUUCCACACAUAAACAAAUCAAGACUCUUGAGGAUGAGAAUGCUGCCAGAAUGCAUAGAAUUGGAUGAAGGACUUAUCAAAGAUAGCCUAACUCAUGUGAUGCAGUUUGAUGUGAAUGCAGGUACAAAUUAUGACAUUGGAGGGCUUAUGCAUCAUUUUGGAUUUGGCUAA